UUGUUGAUCACGUUCUGUUCGCGAGAUUUUUUUAACCUUCACCUUAAAGGUUAAACAUGGCGGGCGAAAAGGGGACUAAAUUGGAUAUUGUUUCCAAGGUAUGGCCUGUCGCCAUACAAAAGGCAAAAUGCGAGUCACCAAAAAAGUCUUCAGAUGAGCUGAUGAUUAAAAGAGCUGACAGUGAAGAACUGAGACAUGUUUUUGAGAAGUAUGCCUCCCAAGUUGUUCAAGGAGAGAAGUAUAUGUCCUAUUCUGAGUUUGUGCUGAACUACCUUCAAUUGUUGGAUGCUGACAAGUAUGAUGAAUAUACUCACAAAGUGUUUGCUUCAUGUGUGGACACAUCAAGAGAUGGACUUAUCUCUUUCUCCGAGUUUCAAGGUUUUGAGGCCCUACUCUGUGCCCCUGACGCCAUGUAUGCACUUGCUUUCCAGAUUUUCGACCGAAAUGGAAAUGGUUACAUCACAUAUGAUGAGUUUCAAGAUAUAAUAAAGCACACAACACUUCAUCAGUUUAUUCCAUUUGACUUUGACAGCGAAUUCAUCAAGCUUCAUUUUGGCAAAGACAAAUCUAGAAAAGUGACUUACACAGACUUCACUCAGCUAAUUCAUGACUUUCAUGAGGAACAUGCAUGGCAAGCCUUUCGGAGACGUGACAAAAACAACUGUGGUUAUAUUUCUGCUAAAGACUUUGAAGAGAUUCUACUGUGUCUGAAGUCAUAUCUUCUGAGUCCAUUUGUCAAGGAAAACAUUGUUUCAGUUAUACUUGGAGAAGGACACCAGAGACAGAUCAGUUAUGCUUACUACACUGCCUUCAUCUCAUUACUCAACAACAUGGAGCUCUGUAAGAGGAUAUACUUGAGUGCCACACGAAGAGAUGAGACCCAGCCUUUGUCUAAAGAGGAAUUCCUGUAUCAGUCCCAAGAAUUUUCCCAGAUCACACCACUAGAAGUAGAUAUACUUUACCAACUAGUCUACCUACAGAACCAACAAAGUGGGAUCACAGACAAGUUUGCUCGCAGUAGGCCAUUGUAUAAGCGAGCAGACGUGAAUGUUCAAAUGACAUUUUCUGACUUAAGCAAGUUGUCCCCCAUGGAAGACAGAGAGACUCCCUUCAAAAUACAGUUACAGAUAGCAGAGCAAAAACUUCGACUGGAACAAGGACAAACAAAGAGGACUGUAUUUCUCCAAGCAGCUGAAAGUGCCUACAGGUUUGCAUUGGGUGCACUUGCUGGAGCCACUGGGGCCACAGCAGUGUAUCCAAUUGAUCUUGUUAAAACUAGACUACAAAAUCAAAGAUCUACUUCCUUUGUUGGAGAGCUGAUGUAUAAAAACAGUUUUGAUUGUUUUAGAAAAGUUAUACGUCACGAGGGAGUACUAGGUCUGUACCGAGGGCUGGCCCCUCAACUUGUGGGUGUGGCUCCGGAGAAAGCCAUCAAGUUAACUAUGAAUGAUCUGAUGAGGGAUAAGUUGUUACAGAAGGAUGGAACCUUACCACUUUGGGCUGAGAUGGUUGCUGGUGGCACAGCUGGUGCUUCACAAGUUGUUUUUACCAAUCCUUUAGAAAUUGUGAAAAUCCGUCUUCAAGUAGCUGGUGAGAUAGUGGGCAAAGCUCGUGUCAGUGCUAUCAGUGUGAUUAAAGAGUUAGGAUUUUUUGGUCUUUAUAAGGGCUCUAAAGCUUGUUUCCUUCGAGACAUCCCUUUCAGUGCCAUCUACUUCCCUGCCUACGCUCACAACAAAAAAUACUUUGCUGAUGAGAAUGGUUACAACUCUCCCGGCAGUUUGUUGUUGUCUGCCACUUUAGCAGGUAUGCCAGCUGCUUUCUUCCCUACCCCCGCUGAUGUGAUAAAAACCAGAUUACAGGUCCAGGCACGCAAAGGGCAGACAACAUAUAAAGGUGUGAUAGAUUGUGCUAGGAAAAUAUACGCUGAGGAAGGCAUGGGUGCCUUUUGGAAAGGCGGGCCUGCUCGUGUGUUCCGGUCUUCCCCUCAGUUUGGUGUAACACUGCUGACUUACGAGUUAUUGCAGAGGUUGUUUUAUGUGGACUUUGGUGGAAGUCGCCCUGAAGGUUCAGAGGCCAAGUCUGUCCACUUGCAAGAUGUCUUAUCACGCAACCCUGACCACAUAGGUGGAUACCGCAUGGCCCUGGCCACUUUUGACGGCAUAGAGACUAAGUUUGGAUUAAUGUUACCCAAAUUCAGACCAUCGACCCCAUCAGCGGAAGCUGCACAGUAAUGAUUUAAAUCCCACCAGCUUUCAUGUAUAGACACUCUCUGACAGUAGAGGCCGUUUGAGUUUGUUGUGACUUUGUUCUUGUACUGAGAGACGGUGUUAGUUAGACCCUUUCCAAAGACAUUUAACGUAAGAUCUGAUAGCACAAUAAACAUUUAGUUCUAUUUCUACACGAGCGUACAUCAAGUGCUAGCUGUGUGUUAUCAUCUUGUGAAACCUCCAUCCUUUGUACAUCGUUGGUCUUGUGUAGUGACCACAUUCACAAUGUUUGUAUUUAUUCAUGCACAUUUGUAGAAAUGUUUUUGAACUGUGUAUUGAAAAGGCCAAGGACAGAAUUUGACAGAAAACAAAAAAAUAAAUGUGACUUGAAAUGUUUUUAAAAAAAAAAAAAAAAAAGAAAAGUUUCACCCCCAAAAAAAUAUGAUGAAACAAAAAAAGAAAGAAAGAAAGAAACAGAAGCGAGAGUGUGAAGAAGAAUAAAAAUUAAUUUAUGUUGUCAGGUGGAUGUUUAAGCUUUGUUAUUUAUGGAUCGAUUGGAUGAUGGUGUGUGAUCUACUGCAGUGGAUGAGUGUUAUUUUGUAUAUAUCCAAUAUAAUUGAAAUUUUGUUUUAAAUUGUGCAGUAGGGUUCAAGUAAGUUGUGCAUAACUUUUACUCAGAAUAACAAAUUUAUUGCGGUAUGAAAGUUGUUUUAUUACUUUUUUUUGUUUUUGUAGUUCUAUAUCAGUUUAAUUUAUAGUGUGUGUAUGUGUGAAUAAUUAGUACUUACUCUACAUUUAGAAUACAAGUAGUAUCUAAAUUAAAAAGGAAAGCUUUGAUAAUUAUAGUGCUAGCCUAGUCUCAUAUUAUGUUUCAUUUUAGCUUGUAUUAUCUCAUUAGCUGUGAAGUGUUACAGCUCUAGACGCAAUGAUGCAAAAAUAUUUCUUUCUCAUUGAAUGACUGGUCAAUUUUUUUGUUGAAUUGCUCCUUUCUUUAAUUUGUUCUUCAUUUUUCUGUAUUUUGUUCUGCUGUGCACUGUGGCCUAUCACAACCUUGACACUGACCUCUCUCCUUGUCUGUUGGAUGUAUGUGAACAAUGAUAAAUGGAAGACUCCUGACAAUGUUUCUGUUUCUAUCCCAAAGAAAAUCAACAUUUUUAAGGAGUUAAUAAACGAUUUCUUCAGAGUUCUGUUUCAAUCUCUGUUGCUGUUUUUUAAAUAUCUAUAUUCAUGUCAACAAAGAAUAUUAUACUUAGUAAAUUUGAGUAUAUGUUUUUUCUUUUUAAACUUUUGGAGGUUGGAUGUUUAUGUUGUUGUUUUUUUUAUGUUGAAUAAAAGGUUGCAACUCCAUCUGAUCUCAAUUUGUUACUGCUAAUUUGAUUUCAUAAGCCAUUAGUCUAUAAAGUCUCAUUCUUUAUAGCUUUUGGAGUGGCUUGAUUGAUUGUAGAUCUUUUGAUACACAAGCAAUAAGAGAUUACCUUUUGAAGUGUUCGUUGAUGGCAACUGACCAAAACAUUGUUGGUAAAGAAAUGACUUGAGAUUCUUCAUCCCAAUUUUUUAUUCUGGUAGAUUAGAAAUUUAUCUUUUGGUAGAGUCAUUUUCCUUUUGUCUCGUUUCUUUGUUGUCAUACUUGACCCUAUUUUGUCUUAUGCCAUGAAAAAUCAUCAAAAAGUUUUGUGUUCUGUCAGACAAUGUAGAUGAGUUUGAAGUCAGGUGUUCAUAUUCAUAAUUAGGAAUGAUUUUCUAAAUACUCACUGUUUUAUGUUCUUAAAACAUGCACAGCAGUGAUAGCACAUAUGCCCUAAAAUCUUGUGUGCCUACAAUAGCUGUAGUAACUUUGUGUGUUGAUGACUUCUGUAUUACAAAAACCCAGACCCAACUAUUGGACUGUGACAACCAACUAUUACACACAUCAAGCGAAGUCGCUGAUAUGAGAUUACAAUUUUUUCUUUUUUUUUUUUUUUGGUCUCUUUUUGUGAUUCUUUUAUUAAUGUGAAGGAAUAAUUUUGUUGCUUAUAAAAACUUGUACAUUGUGUCUAAAGGGGUAAACGUAAAGAAUAAAUGAUUGUAGCAAAGGAACAUUGUACUCCACAAUGAUGAGAAAUGAGGUACAGUACCAGCUAGAUAGAAACCAACAACAAAAAAAAAACAUCGCUGUUAUUUAGCUGUAUCUGUUCAUAGUACAAGAGAUGUUUAGGAAAGGAGGAAAGUGUCCUAUAUUUUUGUUUUCCUCAUAUAGAAAUCACAAACAGUUGUCUAUUGAAUGAUUAUAAGACACACACUGUCGAUAUCUUUUUUUAGACUAAUUUAUUGGGAGUUUUCUAAAACCAUAUCAUGGUAUUGAUGCUUUCAAGUAUGUGAGAUAGCUUGCUUGCUAGUGGUGCUUAAGAUUCUGUUGCAUUGGAAUGUUAAGAAAUAGCAUUACAUUAUGACAUAGCAGAAUUAUAUGCAGUUUUGUUUUUUUCUAAACUUUGUACAUCAAUCUACAGUGUUGGAAAACUUUUCAGAGUCUUUAUACAUGUAUUUGUUUUCCUUUGAGACCGUUACAUGCAUUGAUAAUGUUUGUCCAUUUGUGCUCCUUUUAGUAGGUAUCACUUUUUAUAAGCUUAUAUAAUUGCAUUCUAGGAAAGUAUGUAACAAAAUAUUUUUUUUAUAUCUAUGAAAGAUUUGUUGAUUAUUUUAAAAGUGGCUAUUGGAUGAAUGACUCUGUAGACGAUAGGAGUUUUUAAGGUGCUUCAAGCUGUUGUUCUUUAUUUACUGACAAUUUUGUCUAAUUAUGAAAUAUUAUUGUGGUAUUUUUAGGCAUAGGCAAAUGGGCACAUGAAGACCAUGCUUGAGGCAUCUGAAAACUAAGAACAGCACUUAACAGUAAAUCUAAUGUUACAAGCCCCCAUAAAAAAACAUUUCUCUCAUGAACAAUUUAGGUAUAUCAACAGAUGAUUACAAUAUUAGUUCAGUGAAAAUAAUGUGAAGGUUUUUAUUUGUCUAAGUUUCAAAUAGAACCUAGUGAUCAGUCCUUGUAUACUUAUGUUUGGUGGGGGAUCUCAUUUAUAGUUAAGACAGCAAAUGAAGCUUGUGAAGUUUGUUGGAAGUGGGUACCUUGGACAUGUUUUUUUAAUGAACUUGUGAUAAAAAUGUUAUUGAGAAUGUGCAAAGUAAGGGAAGUAAUCAUGCAAUGACUUGUUCGAAAGUAUCUUUAGGUAAUGAUUUUUUCCUUUGUCUAAUGCUCCCUGAGGGCAAAGGGUUGAAAUGAUUUUGAUCCAGCCAAAGACAUUGCUGUUGAUUGUUUAGCCAGACUAUUUGGACAUGUGACAGGAGACAUACACUUUGUAGACUUGAGUUGUGAGAGGUGAUGUGUGAAUGAUUGGUUCCUGUUCCAUCUGAUGAUACAAAGCAUCGUUAUAUAUUAUUGACAAAUAAAGUGAAGAAGACUUAUAUUAAUA